AUGUCACACAACAACCACCAAGCAUCAUCCUCCACUCUCGGUCGUCGUCCUCCAGGACGUCCACCUGGCUCCAAAAACAAACCUAAAAUGCCUAUCAUAGAAAAAUAUGAUAAUCCAAAUGCACUAAAUUCUCAUAUCCUUGAGAUCACUUCUGGAUCUGACGUGUCACUCAGUCUCUUCGAUUACGCUCGUCGUCAAGGGAGGGGCAUCAGUAUCCUCUGUGGAAAUGGAAUAGUAACGCAUGUUAGGCUUCUUCAACCCACAGGAAAUAUUGAAAUCCUUCAGGGAAAUUUUGAGAUACUUUCGAUAUCAGGGACAAUUUUUCCUUCAGAAACACUAUCAAGUGCAGGAGAAUUGGUAGUUCACUUAAUGGGAACGUCAGGGCAGGUGAUUGGGGGAAUUGUCAUGCCCCCUCUAAUGGCAUCAAGUUCAGUUACUUUGAUGGCUACUUCUUUUGUAAACACUGCAUCUCAAAAUAUUUCUUUGAUGACCAAUGAUCUGAUAGAAUGUGAGUCUGGACAUGUGGCUAAAAGUGAUAUAGGCUUACUCAAUACUGAAAGAUCUAUUUCUGAAAUGAUCAACAAGAUGAGUUCCAACACCAAUCAUUUCGGAUGA